AUUUCUCAUUAGAAAGGUACCCCCUCUACCGCACAAUUGCUUUUCGGCAUGUUCAUUAUGUUUUUUGUUACGAUUCUGUGACUGCGAUUCUCAUAUGGUUAAUACGAUGGGGCUUAAUCAGCCUAUCUGAGGCUGUAUGAAGGAACGGUCGACGCAGUAUGGAUUUUGAAAGAGUGAUCCUCAACUUGGAUCAGCUUUAUUUAUUUGAAAAUUAGGAGAAAGGGAUUAAAUCUAGCUGGAAAAGAAGGGUGUCCCUGAGAGGAUUCCCCCUCAGACCCGAGGAUUUUCCCAUUAUUUCAACCCGAUUUUAGAGCACGGGUGGUGUUGUGAAAGCGAGUUUAUAAACUUUAAGUGAACACAUGUAAAGAUCGGGAUAACUAUACCAGUCUUAGUGCAAAGAAUUCGUUACAAUGGCGAAGAUUUUAGACAAAGACCCAGAGACUUACCGGAGGGAGUAUUCCUGUUUUAUCAAGGAGUUGCAGGAGUUUCACGUCAACCGCGGGUCGCCGUUUUCAAAAAUGCCGUAUAUUGGAGGGAAGGCAGUGGACCUUUAUCUUUUAUACAGCAAAGUCACUGCCAUGGGAGGCUGGAAUAAGGUGAAUGAUGAAUUUCGCUGGGAGGAGAUUCAAGAACUGUUCCACAUUCCCAAGUCUUGCAGCAAUGCGUCUCAAGCACUGAAGCAAAUUUAUAUCAGGUACUUGGAUCUCUAUGAAAAAGUACAUUUCCAAGGAGAGGAUCCAGAUCAGCCCUAUUAUUUUGAGGAAGAUGAAGCAGUGGCUGUUCAAAGGAGACCCAAGAUACAGUCAGUUCACGGAGCCUUGUCUCUCAGAUAUAACUAUAGGCAGCAUGAUGUGCCAGAUUCAAUCCGUACCAACGUGGGCAUGUCAACAGAAUUUGCUGCUAUAAAUAAUUAUGAAAAACUUGAGAAAUCUCUCCUGUCUGGGUUGCCAAAUGAAGUAGACUUUGCCGUCAAUGUGUGCACGCUCCUUUCUAAUGACAGUAAGAGGACACUUAGAUUAGACAAGUCUCCAAAGUUGCUGGCCUUACUGCUGGCACACACAGGGAUAUUUGAAGAUGGUGAAGAUUCCUUGCGGCCUCUCUAUGAAGGAGGCUGGAGACCUGUUGUGAAGAGAAAUUUCCUGAAGUUUUGGUAUGAUGCUGUGCAAGAAAAUGAUAUCAGGGAGCUGAUCACUCUAAAUAAAGAACAAAGAGAGAAAGAAAUGUACCUCCAGAAAGAGUUUGUUGGGGAUAUGGUGCUGCAUUUAGGACGUGACCUUGGUGUCAAGGAUAUUGAAGGUCACAGGGUGCUUCAGAUUGCUGUUAUAUUAAGGAAUUUGUCAUUUGAUGAUGAAAAUGCUGCAUUUUUAGCCAAAAGCAUUUUGGCAUUUAGGUUCCUGCUAUUGUGUUCAUACAGUAAAUACUUCUCCAUAAAACAGUUGGCACUGGACACACUGGGGAAUAUUGCUCCAAAGAUGGUGCUAGAUCCAAUAGAUUUUGUAAGCACUCAGUUGCUGUUCAAAACCAUUCAUAAAUGUCUGACUUCACAAGAUAGAUUUGAAGUGGUGCGAGGCAUGGAGAUAUUGUCCAAAUUGUGUCAGGUGGAUGCCAAUGAAGACAUUCUCACUGAAGGGUUAGAGCUUCCUGUAUAUGAGCAGAUUGUGUCCAUGUUAACUGUACAAGACAUAGAGCUGAUAGUCUAUACCCUGGAUGCAUUGUACGAGUUGAGUGAAUUGGGAGAGAUUCCCAGCACAAACAUAGCAGAUGUCAGGUACAGCGUAGACACCUUGGUAAGCUUGGUCACUAUAGAGGCACAGACAUUUGGUGCAGGGGCUCUCAUAGGAAUCAAGGUAGUUGAGCAUCAGGAGGCAGUGCCCUUCUCCCCAACGCCCCUUUCCCCUCAGCCACAGAUAAGAACACAGCACUUGCCAGCUGCACAGAUGCAAGUACAAAGGCCAAUUCCUCAGGUGGCCGCUGCACAACAGACACAAGUAGCGCAGCCACAACUGCAGCAAGCUCAGCAACCAGCGCCUGUGGAUAGGGAAGCUUUUGCUUGUAACUGGCUCCAGUGUUACUAUGAGUACAAAGCCAACACCAGUGUGUCCAGAGUGGAGCUGUAUGCAGACUUUGUGAACACUUGUCAGAAACUCAGUGUUGGAAAUGUACUCCCUGCGCUGAACUUCUGUAAUUGUGUUAGAGUGGUGUUCCCAAAAGUGGAAGUGUUAAAGAAGGAACAGGAUGGAAUGGGGGAAUUCCGCUAUGGUGGAAUUGGAAGAAAAAUGGUGCCAUUGCCUUUCCCUCCACCAGCUCAUCUAACUCCACAAUCAUCAUGUGCACUUUUUGCACCGUCUUCAUCACACCACCACUCUGCAGGUCACAUGGUAGCACCACCAAACCCACCACACCGCCUCUCUUCUCUUCCCAUGCCUCAGGCGCAGUACCCGCCCAGGCCGCCAUACAUGGGACUACCGCCUGAGUACUCACAGUAUCCAGGUAUGAAGCAGCAGUCCAGCGUGGCACCAGGGAUGGGUCCUCCUAUUGGUCAGCCUGGGGUCAGCUGGUCAUCACCAGGGGCAACAGCAUCAAGUCCAGCAAGCAGCAAGCCCAAGUCUGCACUACAGCAGCAGCUGGCAUCUCCUGUCCUGGCCAAUCAAGGGGUGUGGCAGAGGCCAGGCCAGAAUCAUCAAUAUGCUUCCAUCCAGCAGGCCUUAAUGAACAGAGGCCCUACACCAAGUCCUACAGGGUCCCCAGCCCCACCUUCCCCAGGGCCCAACUCCCCACAGCUCUCCAGGACACCCACACCCCCUGCUGGACCUGGACGGCCUGGGGAUUCUACAUUAAUCAAAUCCCUGUUGGCCAAUAAAGUGAAGAUGCAGAUGGCUGACAGGCACACUACAGUCUCGCCUACAGUGGUCACUGUCUCGAGUUCCCCCUCUGGUGCCCAGCCGCAGUCCAUGCCACCCCCAUAUAAUGCAAGGCACAAUACAGCAUCAGUUGGACAACAAGGUUACUAUGGCAAUCAGCAAAACUUCCAACAGUUUCAUCCCAUGUCAACUCAGGGUAGCAGUUCCUAUGGUAACCAACCACCACCUCCACAAAACAGUCAGUAUCCCUCUCCUUCCCAGUGGGGGCAACCUAUGGCUAAUACACAGGGUCAGAAAAAUGGGGUCAAAAGUCAGAAAAAGUCCAGACCAAAUUCUCCACGUAAUUCAUCACCAUCACACUCUGCCUCUACGCCUCCAAGUAGAACUAAAUCACCUCACAGUUCAUCUGAGAAAAUAUCUCCAUCUCAUGCAGCAUCGCCACAUUCACCAAAGGGAAAUAGUCUCGAGGUUUGUGGCAGAGUUGAGAGAGCCAGAGAGGUUGUUAUGCACUCUGAUAUGAUUGUAGAGGCUAGAAUUGAACGUGUUGAAAAUGAACAUGCUAGGUCAGAUCAAGUCACUCCUCUCAGUUCUAGAACAAGCAGCUGCUCUGAAGCUUCUUCUGUUACACAAGUGGUUGGGGAUACUGGCAUAGAAGAGGCCAGUCACUUUCAUCACUCAAAUAAUUCAGAAAGUGGAAAAAAUGGUCCUAGUAACAUUUCACAAGUAAGUCCAGCUGAUAGACAUUCGAACAGUAGUGAAAGGACUACCUCUUCUUUAACUGAUAAUGUUUCUGAUGUUCAGAAUAGAGUGAGUUUGAGAGAUGAAGCAGAGCAAGCAUUUAGACAAAAAGAGAACGAUGGAAAAGAUUCUUCUGAGAGGACAGAAAAAUUAAUAGAAAAAGAUGCAGAAUCUCAUCUGGUCAACCAUAUUGCAGCUAACAAAGAGAAUUCUGAGUCCAAGUUUCAUGAAAAUAUUCUAGUGAAUGGAGAAGUGCCCAGUCCACCUUGUGAACCAAACCUACCUCAAAAGGACAAUCACAAAGUCAUGAAUGGACUUCCAGAGGGUGUAAUAGAUACAGGAGGAAAAGGAGAUGAUAUUAAGAAACACACAGAGGACAAAAGAGAAAUGUUGGAGAAAUACUGGUCAAAGGAGCAUGUCAGAUUGAAUGGUAUUGUGAACCACAUUGGCAAUGGAGAUAUUUCAGACAGUGAAAAGAGAAUGUCAUAUGAGGAGAAAAAAGAUUUACUGAGAAUGAGUUGUGAAGAUCAAGAGAAAUUACAUUUGGUUAAUCAUUCAAGUGGAAAAGGUGAUUCUAUUGUUCAGGAGGAUUUUUCACCUGCUACUGCAAAACCAAAGCAAAAUGGCUGUGUAGCUACUAAAUCGGAUAUUGCAAAUAAAGAGUUUAUAAAAUCUGAGCCAAAGCAAAUAGAAUCAGAGCAGCAUUUAUCUUCAGAAUCUGAAAAUGUUAAUAGUGCCAUCAAAGAGAAUGACAUUAAAGAAGGGGUGGAAUUAAAAGAGAAAUCAAAACACGGCAGUGUAAGUGACAUUAAUUCUGACAAGCCUUGUGUUGAAAUUGCCAUUCCACAGGAAACCUCACCGAAGGGAAAAGAUGCUAAUUCCUCUGUAUGUUCAGACACUAGUUCUACCAAACAGCCUAUGUGUGUGAAUGAUGCAAGUAACCCAUGUACUAAGACUGAAUCAGGUGAAGAAAAGGUGGUGGUUGAGGCAUCUGAGACAUCCACGCCAGAUUCAAGAGUCUCACCAGAAAACAUGGAAGUGGAACAAUCAUCAACUGAACAACAAACACAAAACAGUAAUUCUGAAACUCAAACAAACGGUCCAUCCAACCCAAUAUUGCCCUCUAAUCCGUCUUCAACUGGAAAUCCUGCAGCUACCACAUCACCACCAGCAGAUCUUUCAUCAAGUAGCUCCCCUAACCCAGCUAAGAAACGACCAGCAACAGAAGAAGGAGGGAGGACCACACCAAAACCAAAGAAGAAAAACAGAAGCCGAGCCAGUAGCAUUGAGUCCAGGCGGUCUUCCUCCACCAGUAUUUCAAGUCUGAGUAUGGGACCAGAGUAUAUGUGUGAAUGGAAAGGAUGUGGAAAGGUGUUUGAUUCUGCCAAGGCUGUUGGCCACCAUGCUUACAAGUCUCACUGCCCUGCAGAUGGCAAGUGCUUGUGGGAAAACUGUGAUAACAUACCAAGAAAGAAGUGGGCCCAUGUGACACAUGUGCAGGAACGUCACUGCACUGAGCACGCCCUCAAAGCAGCGGCAAUGCGGCGUCACCAGGUGGCUCUGACAGGAGCCAACCCACCCCAGCCUCCUCCACCCCCACCACCCGCCCACACAUACCCAGAGGAUGCUGCAUGGCAAGCUAUCAAGAGAUUUGUCAGCAGAAGGCCUUAUCCAGAGCUCACAGAACCCAAGGAAGGACCAGUAACCAAGCACAUCCGUCUAACAUCUGCAUUGAUUCUCAGAAACCUGUCCAGAUAUUCUGCUCAUGGAAGAAGUGUCCUGAAGAAGCAUGAACACCUGUUGACUUAUGUGGCAAUGAGCAGUGUGGAGGCAUCCACACCAAUCUCUAACUGCUUAUGGGAGAUCAUCACCAAUCACUCCCCUUCAGUCUCCCAGGGGGGACAGAUACCACACAGUCAGACCAAUGCCACAGGACACACUGGAGUAAUGAAUCAGUGAACUCCAUGAAGAUGGGCAUAUAUCUAGGUCUGGGUGGAUAAGCUAAGAUUUGAUUAUUGUGAAAUCAGAAAGCACAAGGAGACUCUGAUAGAGCCUUAGCAGGAACUUGGCUGUUGGUAAUAUCCAUUGCGCUGGUCAUUACUAUAUAUCAAACUUGAAGGUAGAAAGGAUACAUUGGUGAUGCUUAUAUAGCUAAGGACCUAGGAAGAAGAAUGUCUUGGGAUAUCACAAGAAAGAUCAACAAUAUAGGCUGCAUUGCAGGAGCUAAUUGUGUUUCAAAACUGUCAUAUCUUGCUACUCAUGCAUUAAAAUGAUCAGUGGAAUUGUUGUUUCCUGGUUAUAACAAGGUCAUUUAAUUAAAGCUUGAGAUAAGAGUUUUCCUUUGGAAAGGACCAUAAAGUCACUGUGUCAGAAUAAACUCCGAACUGAAAUAUGGUAGGGGUGAUGUAAUACCUACAAACUACACUUGCUGCAAUGCUUCUAUCACCUUCUUACAUUUUGAUAUUUGUGGGCAUUGUGAUACUGCCUUAUAGAUCUAAAUAUCAGCUCUUGGUAUAUUGGUGCAGAUGUUUGAAGCCUCAUAAAGACUGGUUACACUUUCAGUAUGAGAAAUUAUGUUACCUUUUUUUUAGUCGGACAUAUUCAGUGAAAAUUUUUGCUAAUCUACAGGGUGACUGAUUUUGUUUGGUGUUUGUUGCUUACUUUGAUAGACUUAGGGCAUAAGAUAACUCUUUGAUGGUCAUAUACUGGUUAUGUUGGUAUUGGUUCCCAGUUCAGUCUCGAAUUUAGUUGCUGUUAAUGGCUUGAGUAUUAUAUUUUAUUAUUAUUUUCUAAUACAUCAGCCAUUUUGUUAUGUUGUAAAUGUUGAAAUGUGUGAACCAGCAUGAUUUGGUAAUUAGAAAGGUAUUAACAGUGCAGUGUAGACAGUGGGGUAUAGAUUUGAUACUCGUAUUAAGGGUCUGAGUGAGAAAUAUGCCAGGCAAAUGGAGUGUCCAAUUCACAGAUUUUUCUGAAUAAUAUGGAAUUAUCCAGGUGCAGAGCAAUAUGGCUUUGUAAAUUUCAAAAAUUUAAUAUAUUUUAGUAUUUCAGAGAAUUAGCUUUGAUAUGUUACAUCGAUGAAUCCCAUGUUAUUAUAUUUGAAUUGCAUUCAUUGCUGUAUAAACAAAUGUUGCUAUUAAAAUUGUAUAUACAGUAUUUUUGCACAUAAUUUGGCAUUCCAAGCUAUUUUGAUAGGGAUGCAAGUGCAUUUCUCUCUUUGGACCAUUUAAUAGCACACAGAGUUCUAAGGGGUUUGUAUAUUAUUAAUUGGUAGUUGUGGAUAAAUAUUUAUGUAGCUGCAUUUGAAGUGAAACUAAGGGCUCAUUCAUCAUUCAGGUUUCCAGUUUUCUAUUUAUUUAUAUUAAAUAAUUAUGUUGUACUUUUUCCAAACUUACAACAGGAGUUAUAGUGUUGCUGUGUAUAAUAGAUUUAUGAAUAAAUGUAAAUUAUUUGACAUAAAUAAAUUCAAGCUUCCAAUUCUUCCAUUUA